UUGUAACUGAUGUGCAACUUUGAAUUCGUGUAAGCGAUAAAUAUCAUAUCCGCAACACGGAAAUUUAAAUGAACAAUUUGCAUUGUCAAGCCACAGAUUAAUACUGUUGAAUUUCUAAAGUUCAUUGAGUAAAGGCGUACGCGCAGUUCCCUUGAGUUACGCAAUUUUGACGACUAAAAGAAACAUUACUCAAUUUCUUUGUCGCUAGUUCCGAAAACCUGUUUCGUAAAUCAUCGAGUUAUUGCCGAAUCGUGUGAGAAUUAGCUAAAACACGAGAAAAACUAUAUUUGAAAAAUAUGCCUCACGGAGAUAUGCACUGUGCAGAAAAUAUUAUAAAGUUGAGUAUUAUUGUCGCAUGAAACCCUAUCCUAAUUAAUCAUCAGACCGUGCAUAAUCUUUUUCCGAUACCGGAAACAAAAAGGGUACAUGAAAGGUUGACGAAUUAGAAAACUGUAGCUUCAUCUGCGUUCCUAAAAUACAUUUACAUAAUGGCAUGGGAUUUUCAAUAAACGUAACGUUAAUGCAACUUCGAUGAUAAAUUCGUUAAUAAUUCAUAAGGCAAUUCGUCAAAAAUAUUUCAUUGACCAACAUACAUUAGCAACAUACAACGGCGAUAAUCAUUAAAUCAAAGAGAUAUAUUCCUAGAGAGAGGGGAGAAAGGAGGAGAGGGUAUUUGACUUUACAUCGAAUCGAUAGAUUACAAUUCAGUCAGGAAUGAAUGUAUCAUGCGAGCGAAUGCUGCGCGGAAAUGCAAUAAAUUCAACAAUAAACUGUAUUGCCAUGCUGGGAUGCGGCUAUUCAGGCGACAUAUUGACACUCGUUCGCUCUAUCGUCGAAAACACGCAAUUUAUUACUCAUUAAUCUUGACAGUCUAAUUUACGUUAUUGAUCGAAUAUAUGAUAGGACGAUUUCUUCAAUGAAAUUGAGCAGAGUCAACGUGGGAAUAAUUGUAGCUCUAUAAUUCUAGAAUUAUCGCAGAUUUUCGUGUUGAUUAAAUCUACUAAAGUAUCGAUAAUGCAUUUGCAUAUACUUGAAUUUGGAUAAUAACGAGCGCAACUUCGAAUUAAAGUUCAAGUUUAUGAACGACAUGCGUGAAUAUCAUCGGUUGGAUCGUGUGAUUCAAGUUUCAAGUGAAAAAUUUGCGUUUCGUUAGCAGAUCGUUUCAAUCGAUUUUUUGUAUAUCCGGACCAUGAAAUCGCCUCUGCAAAGGUAUUUUGAAACAGGAAACCUGAAUUUCUUGGUUCGCCAAGUGUUUCGAAAUGCAUUUUUGUCAAGCUUUUACAUCACAAUAUAAUUUCGAUGUCAAUCCGUGGCUGGCUAUGACGAAAACUAGAACUGUAACGGCAACUUUUAAAAAACAUUCGGUCCAGCGAGCAAUACUAGCUUUGCCUCUCACUCUAUUGAAAUCACUGACAAGCUAUGACAAAUAAAUUAAUGCUUUAAUGAGUUCUUUCUUUCGUGAGCUGAACGCUCUUAUAAAAUAGGAUUUUUGCGAUCCAAUAAUCAGUCUAUUCGUGAUCCUCCAAAGGAGCAAAUAUGGCGUUGAUACAGAACUUAGUUGUUUUUGCUCUGAUCUCGAUCACCUUUGCUAGUGCUCAACUAAAAAUGUUUUACGAAGACGACGAAGGCACUGGUGGCGUAGAUAGAGCCGGACACAGUGGGGGUGGAGGUCAUGGUCAUGCGUAUUCCUUUCAUCACUUUUCUGGACCCGUGGUGGGUCAUCACGAAGAGAUCAGUUGGAAAGACAAACAUGGCCAUCAUCAUCACGAUUACAAGGCCCAUCCUAAGUAUAAGUUCGCCUAUGGUGUGGAUGAUAAACACACCAAGGACUACCAUGGACAGAAGGAACAUCGCGACGGGAAAGAGGUCGAAGGAGAGUACCAUAUUCACGAACCUGGUGGCAACAUGAGGAGUGUAAAAUAUCAUUCUCACCCCCAUGGAGGUUUCUUCGCGGAAGUUCAUAAUUAUGGAGGAAAUGAUCAUUCUGGUGGUACUUAUGGUGGACAUAAGCAUAGAUAAAUUACACGAUAUCUUUUAUUUAUCUGAAUAUCGUUGUUAUUGAAUUCACAUUGUUACUGUUAUCGUUACACGCACAAUGUAUUUAUUAUUAUUAUUAUAUAAACUACAAUUUUGUUCUUAUUGUUGUCACGUUAAAGAAUAUUACAUUAUAAUAUUUAUAAUUAUAUUUAUAAUUAUAAUAUUUACAUUAUAAUUACAAGAAAAUACAUUAAGAAGCAAAUCAAACGUUAAGUUGACUUAACUAAAUAUCCGAGAACUCAUAAAAAAUUAACAUUCAAUACGGCUGUAAUCAUGUUACGAAGAUUUAUAUGGGAAUAUGUAUAUACGAUUCGUAUAUUUCAAUAAUUUUUAUCAACGUUGCGUGGAAACUACAAUUUCUUGUCAGUUCGAAGUUUCACGAAUGCAAAUCAUAACAAUGCAUCUAAUUCUUCCUUUUUUCAUAGAUAAAGCAAUUAAAACAAAAUAUGCAUUGCUUUCAAAUAUUUCUUCUUUAAAUUAAAGCUCUGAGUAAAUUUUUCAUAAAGCAAACAGAGGAAGUAACUUCUGUAAUUAAAUUAACCAAAUUUACCCAAGUUAUCUCAAACUUUCUUUCAUCCAGACGUCGUUCAAAAAGGAAGAUUCAAAUUCUAGCAAUGAUAAAAUUUCAUGAAACUUAUUCAGGAAUACAAACGCAUUAUUCCGCUUCCAAAAAUACGAGGACGUACAAUCCUCUCGCUUCUGCAGCGAUGUGUAGGAUGUGUAACACCUUCUAGUUCUGGUCCUCUAUAUCGCAUCGCCGACUAUAUUUUCGCGUCGCCGACUCUUGCGAUGAUCAAAUGCCACUUGAAGCUCGUUAAAGUAAUUAGCUGACAGAGUUUGUCACCGUUUCCAUGCUUUACGUAUCGCUUGGAAAAUUAUUUUGUCUACUGAAAAGAACAUAACAUAUUUUUCAUUUCUUAUUUAUAGUAAAACUAGCGAGUAAAUCUUUCUUUUUAAUAUAAUUUUCAAUGUAUUGAUAGAGGUUGAAUCAUUUUAUGAAGAUUAUGUGUAUCCACUCCAUAUCGCAGGAGAUCUCGCAUUUUGCAUUGCAGCUGAUAAUACAAUAUAAAUAUUUUAUUAAACGACUGGCCCAUGAAAACGAUCUGAAUCAGAAAUUCAUCGCAAUCAAUCUACUCCCUAUGUACUCACGCACAAAUGACGCAUAUUCAUUCCGUAUACGAAUGCGCGCUGCAACGCGCAGCGCAGAUCGAUACAGUCCUUACUAAAGUAAACGGAUGGAUUACGAGUAGACUACGUGAAAUAAGCUUUCCUCGCAAAAGAAAUAUGUCGACAAAGUGGACGGAGUUAGCUUGUUCCACUUAUAUAAUCUCACGCCUCUUGCUAUCCUCUUACGCUUCCAUCUUCUGCAGAAUGGAUACAUUUAUUUAUCUAAUCCUGCGAAAAUCGUGAAUCCAACAAUUCUGUUACAAACAUGCAUUUGAAUGAUUUUAAUGUUGCAUAAAAACUUUAUUAAAAUAUAUACAAUCUACGUUAUGGAGCAAAGUAUUCGUAUUUCCCUGCGAGACAGUGAAAGAUGUACAUUCAUUGAAAUAUUGAAACAUCUUUCUAUGCAUAUGAUCUCCCGGGUGAAAAGAUGUGUUUCUUGUUUAAUUUUAUCUUCUCUCGAGUCACUUCGUUUCAAUUUUUUAAUUCCGAGUCGUUAACGACAAUAUGUUAACUAUGUAAGUUUAAUGUAUUUUCACACACGCAACUCUGUUUUAUCUUCUAAUGUAAGAUUACGUUAAAGUAUUUUGUUAGUUCAAUUAUUAAUUUAAUUACUUACGUUAUUUUAUUCACUAAUGUCUAUGACUUGUAUUUAAUAUAUGGUAGAAUUUCCUUUCCUUAAACCUAUCGUGAGACAAAUAGUUUAUAUAAAAAGAUCAUACUGAUUCUUCUUAUUACCUAAGAUUUUUCAUUCAUAUAACAGUAAUUCGUAUUCAAAUACAAAAAUUGAAUUACCAGAAGUUCAUUUAAUCAAGCUUUAACUAAAACUUUGUUUAAAUAAACGGCAUGCCAUGUUAUAAAUUGUAACAAUUUCUGAAUAGUCGGUACUACAGAACGUGUGUUUUCGAACAGGAUGUAUAAUAGAAGAACUAUUUUUUAUAUAUAUAAUAGAAAUUAUUUGGGGGGGGGGUAAGAUUAUUUAGAUGUGAAGAGGCAUUACGGCAUUACGAACUACCAAAUUAAAUUCAUUAAGUUAAUAAAACUUAAAAUUGACACUUAAAAUUACAAUACAUUUAUUUGACUUAAAUUAAACUUUAAAAAAUAAAAUUACAGAUAUUUUUCUAAAUCAAUUGUAUUAUUUAAUAGGCGAGAAGGAUAAGAGAAUGAAGUUUUUUAUUUUUUGUUUCAAGUUAGACAAUGUAUCCCUGUACGAAAUGCGCGCGCAAUGUUCUCAUAUUUGGUAGAGAUAACUGCGCCAAUGAAACGGCAAGAUACGCAAUUAUAUAUCGCAAUGUUCAAUCGCAAUCGAUAUAAAUUUCUCGCGAUCGAUAUGUCAUAUUGGUGGGCAACAGAACUGUAGAAGUGUAGAACUCUUGGACUAGAAGCACAGCAAGAAGAUUCGAGAACGGUUCAUUUAGAAGUUAUCAGGUAAAUAUAUAGUUUUUAGAUUUAUUUUUGUAUUAUAUAUUUAGAAGAGUUAUUACAUACAUAUAUCCACCCAAUCCGAUUACUGAAGGUGGUUAAGAGUGAAUAUAUACAUAUAUAUACUCAUUGUAUUUCUACAUACAGUAAUUCACAAGAGUAUUUCAAUAUUUAUUAUAGGAAACUUUUAUAUAUGUUAUAUCUAUAAUGUAAAAUAUUUUGUAUUAGCAUUGUAAUGAGACAUGAUUACGUGUAUGAUAUAAAAUAUUUUGCACUAGCAUUGUAACGAGAAAUGACCAUUUGUAUCGUAUAAAACAUUUUGCAUUAACAUUCUAAUAAGACAUGACUAUUAUGAUUAUGUUGUCAAAUUUGAGACCAAUCUGAAAAUAAACACGUAUAAAAACUACAAGAAAUUUACUGUAAACAUCACGUAUCUAGUAGCUACGUAUCUAAUAGAAAAAAUUUGUUUCUGUAGGAUAUGAACCGAAUCCUAUUCGUGUGUGUUCGUAGCCCCAUCCCCACCGAAUUACGUAGCUUGCGACGCGAACCUGUUGCGCGGGGGGUUAUUCUAUUGUCGAAAAUCGAGGCGUUAAGAUGUAUCACCCGAACAUGGCGUUUGUUAACUGCGUAAUACCUUCGUCGUCAUCCUUUCACCGUUUAUAUCCAGGCUACGAUUAACUUUAUUUAAUUAACGUACGUUUUAUUCAAUAAUUUAUAAAAUAUCAUAAUUUAUAACUAAAUUAUCUUUCUUUCUUUGAUCGUUUCUCUGAUCGUUACAUUUAUUAGUAGUUCGUAUCAUAAGCUUUCAAAACUUGAUCUUCAUCAUUUAUUUGUUUUUAUAUAAUCUGUUCCCUUUAUACAUUUAUUUGAUAAUUUUGAUUCUUUUUCGUGCAGGUUCGUUGAUUGCGAGAGAAACAUCGAAGCAUUAGGAGGACGCCAUGAUGUUUGACGAUAUUCCUUCUAUUCGAUAUUCGAUCCGCCAACUUCACACAGAAAUAUGGUAACGUUUGAUUUAUUCUCAUUAGGGCAAACGUAUUUUUACGUUGUUUCAUCUUUUUAUAAGAUAGUUGUCAUGUUUAUUUAGUAUUCAAUUGAUGCAACUACAUUCCUCACAAAUAAUUCACGAUUCUAAUAUAGUUAAUAUGUACGUAAUAUGAUAUUUUUUAUAAUUUUAUGGUUUAUUACGAAGACUAAGGUGAAAAUACGUGAGAUUAAACAAAUCACUAUUUUUAAUUCGAAUAUGUUAAAUUACUUUUUGAUUUCAAUGAAAUUAAAGGAAUUUUUUAACAUUAAUUCAACCUAAAUUCUCUAGACUUUGUUGAAGAAUUGAAAUAACUUUUACAUUUUGUUUCGUUAUCGUCAGUUGUCUGUGAUAAUAUUGUCAUUUCACAUUUUUCUUUCUUUCAUUCGUAUUAAUUAAAAAAUAAAAUCUGUUGAAAAUUUAAACACUUCAAAUUGUUUUAGAACUUUCAAAUAAUCAAUAUUAUUUUUAACAACAAAUUACAGUAUUCCACGUUUUGUUACAGAUUUCUUCGAGUUUUCUCUUCUUCAGGGGAAUUUUGUGGAUCUUAUUUAAUGGGCUUCCCAGUAACUACUCUUGGAUCAUCGACAUCGAGCAGCGUUCUUCGUAUCUUCGUUCUUCGUAAUGGUGAGUCGCAGGCAUUUUUGUUCCUCUGGUCACUCAAUCAUGUCGUAGGAUGAAAGGUCCGAAUCGGCACGGAUGACUGGUUGUAUUACGUAGAAUUUUUGACGAGCAUAGUGACCGCGAAUAUUUAAUAUAUUCGUGAGUAGUAACGUUUCUUGUCUGUGUUUUAUUUAUUAGUUCAGGAUAGGUUUUCUUGCACAUCGUGUUUUUGUAUUUCAAUAUAAAGGAUUGAUAUGAAUAAUGUAAUGUUGAUAAUUAAUAUAUGGAUCUAUGGUUCAAAAUCGUAGAAUAUAGAAUUAUUUAUAAAAUCAAAGUUUAUAUGAUUAUGUAGAAUGAUUAAAUGCUCGGAUAUUACGUAUUUAUUAAUAAAUAAAACAUGAAUAUUGUAAUAAAUAACGAAAUAACUUCAUUUAGUUAUAUCGUAGUAGAAAAGUCUGAUACCCUCAGGCUUCGUUAUUAUGAGAGAUUUCAAUUACAUAUGACUAAAAUUAUUAUAGUGUUAAUGAGUUUCCAUGAAUAAUAUUUAAUUUUAUCUUCUAUUUCAUUAUAAUAUGGAACAAUUUUAUUAUUUGAGUUCCAUAUUUAGUGAAAUUUGACAUGUGAAAUAUAUUAAAGACAAUAGAUACCAAAUUGUAAUCAUGUCCGUCCAUGAAUGUAUCAAAUUUCAGAGAAUGUAUCAAACGUGCAAGAAGACACUUCGCGACAGGCAGAUUUCAGAAUCAAAACAAGUUUCAAACACUUUUUUAUGUUUUCAAAGAUGUGUUUUGAUGAAGGAAUCUCCUGAGGAUAUUUCAUUGUUAUUUAUUGAUAUAAAUACUAUUUGUAUCGAAUCUUAAUCUGUUCUUUAAGAAAUAUAUUUUUUCCUAACUCUUUUUCAUUUUUGUGUAGUAGUUUAGUAAUUCAUUAAAGUAAUGAGAUAAAGCAAAAUUAAAGUAAUGAGUAAAAUAUAAAGCUGUUAAAAUUGGAAAUAAAAUUGAACUACAAAGUCGAGGAAUAUUAGGCCGUUAGAUACAAAAUAUACGAAAUGUUGCAAUUGAUCAUAUUUCAGCCUAGGAUUUUCAGGUUUAAUCUCUUCCAUAUUUAUUGCUAGAACCUCACUCACGUGUCCAGAUGCUACUUAGGUAGAAGAUAGGUAGUAGACAAGGUGAUUAUAAACUUAAUACCUAAUUUCUCAGCGACUGACGUUGCGUUAGUAUAUCAUGCACGACGUAUUUUCCACAAUGUAUGUGUGUGUAUGUGUGGAAUUGCGUCGCUUUUGCUAUUUAUUAUAAUUUUCACAAACACUUAGAAAUUCCAGAAGUAUGAUUGCAAUUUGCAAUAGCAGUGUUAUUAGAUAUGUACAGCAGAUUAUUAAUCUUGCCUUUGCAUUACAAUGAUAUCAGACUGUGUACCAUCUAUUUAAUAAUAUUAUUUCUUUAAAUAAUAUACAUAUAAUCACGCACGAUUAUGUAUAUUUAAUUGAGAUUGGAAUUCAAAUAUGCUUCAAAUUAAUUCUAAUUAAAAUCAAAAUAUGCAAAAAAUUUGUAUGCAACGGUCGGUAGCCAACGUCAGUCGAUUUCAGGAAAAUGGUAUGUAAAUUAGAGCGUGAAGGUUGUGUGCCAAACUCGGGUAUCGGAGGCGUCCCGGGACGUUUCUCUAGUGUAGGCUCUUGCGCCCGGGUUAUGUGUGAGAACCGUGAAGCGAGUGUGUUGCUGUGCCUGUUUUGCCAUUUUUUAAAUAUAGGGCUAGGUAGGAUAGGUAGCAUACUUUUUGGUGUGAAUGUUAAUUAUAAGUAGGUAGGGCCGGGCAGGUUGGCACAGUCUCUGGUCGGGUAGGCGCGUUUUCGCGUGUCCAACCUGUUUCAGGAAAAUUGAUUUGAAAAAUCGACGGCGAGGUUGGCGCCACGAGUGAAGCAUACCAUUCGUCUCUGGUCUUGUCCAUCGAUUUUUCGAAUUUCGUGGUCGCGGUCGCGAGUAAAUUUCGAAACGGACAGCGAUCACUAUGAUCGUUGUUUUCAGCGGGUAUUGCGCCCGAAGAAAGAAGAGGCUACGAGCCGAAGAGGCCCGGCAAAUUGCCAUAGAAGAGGGCAACUACUAAUGGUUUUCUAUCCUCUGGAUCACCCAGAGCAUGGAAAAUCAUUCUCGUUACUACUUUGUCACUAUGCUCGCUUUUAGUAUCUGUAGUUAUCUCUUUUUUCUUUUUUUGUCGAUGUAUUAUAUAUGUGGGCUGACCAAUAGAUUAAUUACGGUUAAAUUAGAGUUGCGGAAAAGUUUUGUAUUUUUAAGCUUUUUAGUAUCGCGAAAGACUGAUUACGAUCUCAGUUAGAGUUGCGAAGAAAUGAUAAUCGUGUUUGCUUUAGCGUUGCAAGUGAAGCUUUCGGCUGGUGCUUCUUUUUAACGACUUUCAAUGAAUCUCAAGUUAAAUUCGUUCUCGUUGUAACGAGAAAUUCGUUGCAUGUAAUUGGUGUCGUUACCACAUAAUCUCCGAAACUGUUCGUCAUUAUCAUUAAUUUGACUUUGUUUGAAUACUCAAAUGACACAAUUACGUACAAAGAUACAAGCGGAGCUCACACGGGAUAUAUAAAUGGAUGGAUUUCGUGCAUAUAGGGUUAACUUAAUAAAGGAGAGGGUUGUUCUAAGCCCUGCUCGACAUAUUGGGUCACGUAUUCCAGCUAGAGGAUGCUGUGACGAUUUCUGUCUACAGCGAAAGCCGAUAGAAAUUAAUUUUCAUUCGUGACGACAGGACAUAGUCCCGUAUCACCUUUUGUUUGUUAAGUGUACAUAAAAAGAAUUAAAAUGCUCUGUUAUAUCUUAUGAGGGUAUCUUCAGAUUAGACUAAACGUACUUGUAUGUAUGAGUAUGGGUAUGUGUCUACCCAAGAAAUUCAAGUGUGUAACUAUUAAAUGCCUAGAUAUUAAAGGAUUACAUCGUAAUAAGUAUGUAAUCGUUUAUCGAGUUGGAUAGGGUAGUACCAAGAAGCAAGGUAAAAUAUUUAUUUCUGCAGCAAGAUUUAAAUUGGAAUGGCGAGAAGGAUGCUGUAAUAUCUGCUAAUCUCUUGCUAAAUUACGUAAUAAAUUUUCAAAUUAUUACAUUCUAUCAGGGUUUGCGAAGUUUCCAGUUAGAGAUAUUAGAUCCGUAAUUGCUUUCUGAGCGAAACGUUUACAGAUACUGAACAGUAUUAGCGCAAACUGCUGACGAUUUAUACAAACAUUUUCAUUGUAUAAUUACAUUCGACAAUUUACAAUAAUAAUUUGCUACUAUUUAACUCUGAAUAAUAUUCGAACCUGAAUUUAAUUGCUCGUUGUCUUCUUCAAUGAA